AUGCGUCUCAACUCGAAAGAAGCCCAGGAAGAUGCAGUGCAGCGCGAGAUGUUCAGGUUGAGACAGCUGCCCACCAUCCUCAAGACAUCUAACACUUUGCACAAAGUGCUGGAGUUCGAUGCAGGAUCGAGGAUGAUGGGGAAUAAGAUGGUGCGGGUUUGGCACAUGCCGCAGAAGCCGAGGUCGUGGAUGGAUGUUAUGAAGGAGUUGCAUGCCAGCGGGAAGGCCGAUGAUGGUGGAGAAGAGACAACAGGUCCAGAACAGCCGUCACAGGGAGAUGUGACUACUGUCAGGGUGGGUCGCGGUGGACAAGUUGGCAGAUUUCGUGGGCAUCGAGGAUUGGGGCCGCCUGGACGUACACCGCUACGACCGCUGACACGGCCGAUGAGAAAUUUGGUUGAGAGCGACGGUGAGCUGGUGAGGCCACAGCGGGAUAUUGGCUUGCCCGACAUAUUAAUUGCGAAGACUGGAGACGGUCAACCCUAUGAGACCGUUGACAGCGCGGAAGUCGAAGGAAAAGGGGAUGUCCAUGGCCAGAAGCGUACGCUACAGGAGAGCCCAGGCUUUCCAACUUCACCUUUCUUCAAAGCCUCGCCACAAGAGGAUGACCCACCCCCGGAUUGGAAUAUCGAAUGGCUGCCCCAAAUCAUCCUCACAGACUGCGACGAGCCUCUGAGCUCCACCAUCACCAUCCAACCGUCGGUUCCCCUUCGGACCGCUCCACCGCCAGCCGUCAAAGAAUUACUCUUCCCACCCAUACCAGUCUCAGCCCAACCAGCAUCACCUCCCUUCGAACACGCCAAACUCCUAGACCAACACAAACAAGACCAUCUCCCCGUCUACUGGGACUGGCUCCUCUCCAAGCGCGUCUGCGAAUGGCUCGACGACGAUGCCUCCACAACCUCCACACAGACCGAACUCACACACAUCUUACUGCGGAGCACAGACAACCAAAUGCAACCCCUCCGCUACGAAGCCAAAGACUUCGAAAAAGUCAAACUCACCCGCCUGAGCAUCUCCCCGGACGCAGACACGGAACGCUCCAAGAACCCAGCCAUCCAAGGACCGCCCGAGCAGAGGGAUUGGUUCGUCUUCGAAGUCCAGCAUAGGAAUGUCAUUGUCGCGAGUAUGGAGAUGGAUGAGGAUGGAGUACCCGUCGAGGAGCCGGAGCAGGAUCCUGAGGAUUUUCCGGAGGAUUAUUGGCUUCUUGCGAUUCCUGUGUGUGCGGUGUUGGAUUCGAAGAGCACGGUGAUGGAGCUUGGUGGUGGUGGGGUUUUGCAGACGACGGUUUGGACGGUGGGGGUGGAGGGGUUUGUGCCUUGUUUGCAUGGGAGGGGUGUGGAGGAGAGGUUCGCUGAGGGGUUUGUUAAUGCUUAUGCGGAUGCGAAAGGGGUUGUGGAGUUUGCUAGUAUUUACUAG